GGGAUGGCGGCGGGCGGCGGCUCCCCGAGCAUCGUCGAGUUCUUCGGCGGGGAGGAUGGCUACCGCUGCGGCUACUGCAGGAGCGACACCGGCAACGUCUCGCACGGUAUGUGGGCACAUUCGAUGACAGUUCAAGAUUACCAGGAUCUCAUAGACAGAGGAUGGCGAAGAAGUGGAAAAUAUGUCUACAAACCUAUCAUGAAUCAAACGUGUUGUCCUCAAUACACAAUAAGGUGCCGGGCUUUGCAUUUUCAGGCCUCCAAGUCCCACAAGAAAGUUCUGAAGAAAAUGUUGAAAUUUAUUUCCAAAGGAGAUGUGUCAAAGGUAGCGAGUGAAGAAGAGCCGAUGGAUUCCCAUAUAGAGGAUGUGGCCACGUGUGAUUUUGCAUACAAAAGUGAGUCUCAGGUCAGUCAGUCUGACCUGACUCCCUUGGCUGUGGAUCAGGCUGAGAGGGUGGAGAAUGAAGAUGAGGACUCAGGAGAAACAAAAGAAGAGGGCAAUGGGCAGAAGGUGGAAUCAGAUUCUGUUCAGAUCUGUGCAGACAAGGACACCCCAGUCCCUGCAGAACCAUCACAUUCAGCUAAAGCUGUUCAUGCACCACCCAAGCCAGGGAAAGGGGCUGAUCUGAGCAAGCCCCCGUGUCGGAAAGCAAAGGACAUCAGGAAAGAGAGAAAACUCCAGAAGCUCCUGCAGAACCAGAUGGGCACAGCAGAAGGCUCUCAACUUCAAGGAGAUCAAACUUUCCUCUUGCAAAACUCUAAAUCUAAAACAAACCAGCCUAAAAACAUUGAAGACUUUGUUUUUGUCCCUCUACCUGAUGAUGCACGACACAAAUUAGAGGUGAGGUUAGUACCUGUCUCCUUUGAGGACCCCCAGUUCAAAUCAUCCUUCAACCAAUCUGCCACUUUAUUUGCCAAGUAUCAGAUGUCUGUACACAAGGACACACCUUCUGACUGUGGGGAGAACGAGUUCACACGAUUCCUCUGUGAUUCCCCUCUGGAGGCAGAGCAUGCCCCAAACGGACCAGAGUGUGGCUAUGGCUCCUUCCACCAGCAGUACUGGCUGGAUGGGAAGAUCAUUGCUGUUGGUGUCAUUGAUAUCCUGCCCUACUGUGUGUCCUCAGUCUAUCUGUACUACGACCCAGACUUCUCUUUCUUAUCUUUGGGAGUCUACUCUGCAUUACGGGAAAUUGCUUUUACCAGACAGCUUUGUGUAAAAGCUCCUGAUCUCUGUUUUUAUUAUAUGGGUUUCUACAUUCAUUCAUGCCCCAAAAUGAGAUACAAGGGUCAGUACAGGCCCUCUGACCUGCUGUGCCCUGAGACCUACGUGUGGACACCCAUUGAGCAAUGCCUGCCCCUGCUCGAGCACUCCAAGUACUCCCGCUUCAACCAGGAUGGAAAAGCAGUCGAUGAAGGUCGCCUGAAGGAGCUGGGCAGGGUGAGGGUGCUGCACAAGAGAACCGUGAUGCCUUACAGCGUGUACAAGAAGAGGAGGAAGGGGCCCAGUGAUGAGGCCAGUGUCCAGCAAUAUGCCAGCCUGGUGGGACAGACCUGCUCAGAGAGAAUGCUGCUGUUCAGGAGCUGAAGCCCCACGAGAUGGCAUUUCAGUGGCCCCACAUUUCAUUGCACUGCCCCUGGGUGAUGUGUACCAUAGUCGUGUGCUGGUGUGCCCACUCAGACAGGCUCAAACACAGGUAUAUAGCCAGGCUUGUGUCAAUACAUGGUGCUGUGUGUAAAGGCCAGCUCCAGUAAAUCUUACAGCAAGGCUUUAGCAAUAUAAGUUUAGAAAAACACGCUUGCAGUAUAUUUUAAUUAAGUAGUUCUAGCCUUUCUAUGCAUUAUGAAUAAUUCUAAGUAUCUAAGCAAAAUGAAAAACAGGUGUCUUUUUUUUUUGUUUUUUUGUAGAGAUGAAGGUUGACUAAAUCUAGAUCAAGAAUCAUUAAGUUACAGAUGUUUUCAAAUAGCACCUUGGGUAUCUGUUGUUAAAAAUUGCUGUGAAAUUUGUGCUCACAUUUGUAUGCUCCUAAAAUCUUGCAAGAGGACUGAAAUGUGCUAUUACUUUCCAGCAUGAUCCCAUUUUAUUUCAGCAGUAUGUUUAAAAAACAGGAAGGAAUUAUUUUCACUGCACAUUCUUCAUUUGUUUAAAGCAGUAAGUCAGUGUCAGAGGUCCCAGUGAGUGUAGGAGUUCGUGGCAGGGGACGCAGUGCUUUGGAAAACUUUUCCCUUCAGAGAAGAAGCAGAACAGUUGCACUAUAAAUAUACCAAAGAUAUGCAGCCAAGUGGCACAGUGGUUUUUGGUAUAAGCCUUAUCCUUUGUCUAACAAGAGUGGGUAUUUCAAUGCACGUGGCUGAUGUGAAAUAGAGCUCAGGAGGGUUAUCCUGCAGCUCUCAGUGCACAUUUCAGAACUAUGCUAACAAAAACAAGACAUAAGGUACCACUGCUGGGUUUUGUUGCAGGUGCUUUUUUUUUCUGUAGAAUUGUACAGGAAUUAAAUACCAUAUUCCAGCUUU